AUGGCUCCACCAGCUCUACGUCCAGAAAAUGCUUUAAAGAGAGCUGAUGAACUUAUUUCGGUGGGGCAGCACCAAGCUGCCCUGCAAUCAUUAUAUGAUUAUAUGACUGCCAGAAGAAUUCGUUGGGCUCAACCUUCUGCCAUCGAACCAAUUGUAUUCAGAUUUCUGGCCCUUGGUGUUGAAUUGAAGAGAGGUAGAUUUAUCAAAGAUGGUUUGCAUCAAUAUAAGAAACUUGUUCAAGGAUCACCAGAAGGUUUGGCAUCGGUUGGUGCGGUAGCACGUAAAUACAUCGAUCUUGUCGAGACCAAGAUGGCUUCUGAGCAAGCUAAGGCUGAGGAACUUCAAAAGGAGGAGGAAGAUGAUGAUUUGGAAGGAGGCGUCACCCCAGAGAAUUUGUUGACCUCCGUUUACGAAAAUGACCAAUCUGUGGGUGGAUUCAAUGAUGAGGCAGUCACUUCUUGGUUGAAGUUUACAUGGGAAUCUUACCGUGCUGUUCUUGAUUUGUUGAGAAACAACUCCCAUUUGGAAAUCACAUACUCUGGUGUUGUCAGCAGAUCCAUGCAAUUUUGUUUGAAAUACAAUCGUAAGAAUGAGUUCAAGAGAUUGGCAGAAAUGUUACGUCAACAUUUGGAUGCAGCCAACUAUCAGCAGAGUAAGUCCGGUAACAACAUUGUUGACUUAAGCGAUGAUUCUACUUUGCAACGUUACUUAGAACAACGUUUCCACUUGGUGAACGUAUGUGUUAAGCUAGAGUUGUGGCACGAGGCAUACAAAUCCAUUGAAGAUGUUUACCAUUUGUCUAAGAUGUCUGAGAAACAGCCAAAACCUUCCACUUUGGCUAACUACUACGAGAACUUGGCAAAAGUUUUUCUCAUCUCAGGUAACCAGGCCUUGCACACUGCUGCUUGGGUAAAAUUCUUCAAGCUUUUCCGCACAAACAAGAACGCGAAGGAGGAAGAUCUUCAACGUUAUGCUUCCAUUGUCAUGUUGUCAGCUUUGGCCAUUCAACCGGAUUACCUACCAACUGUGGGAUAUGAUCCUCAAAUGCGUUUGAACCGUCUAUUAGGCUUUGAUGCUAAGCCUUCUAAGAAGGAUUCCUUGGACGCUGCUUUACAAGAAGAUAUCUACUCAAGAGUUGAUGCUGACAUCAAGCAGCUUUACGAGCUUCUCGAAGUAAACUAUGACUCUGCUACCAUUAAGGAAGAGCUAGCCGCUUUGUUGCCAAAAUUGACUGCUAAGCCUUAUUUCGACCAAUAUGCUUCGUCAUUAAGAAACUUAAUUGUAAGAAAGCUAUUUGUCAGUGCUUCACAAGAACAUGACUCUAUGGGCACUGAUGAGUUGUACAAAUUCGCAACUUUGCCAGCUCCUUUGAACAUGUCCUACUGGGAUUUGGAAAAGUCUUUGUUGCAAGCUGCUAUUGAAGAUUACGUUUCUUUCCAGAUCGACCACGAGAACAACACUGUCACUUUUGUGAAGGAUCCAUUGGAGGCGUUCGCCUCAUCUUUAACUACUGAGGGUGAAGAACAACCAGAGGAGGAAGAUGUUGAAGAAAAAGAAGCCGCCGAUGAAGAAGAGGACGAGGGUGAAGAGACUGCUGUUGGCGAAGACGGUGAAAACGACGACACCGCUGCUGAACCUGAACCAGUUGUUACACGUAAUGCCUACAUCCGUAAGGCUUUGACCUCGUUAUCGAUGGUUCUUUACGAGACUGACUCUUUCAAAAAAGCUUCUUACUUGGAGAAGGUUAGAAUUGCUCGUGAAAGCUUGAUUCAACAGACUCAAGAGGUUAUCGAUAACGCAAAGAGACUCGCUGAGGAGCGUGCUAAGAAAUCUCAAGAACGUAAACAAGAGUACAUGGCUUCAGCAGCUGUGAACGCCGAGCAAGAUGCCGAAUUGAGGCAAAAGCGUAUUAUGGAGGAGAGAGCCGCCAUCGAAGCCAAGAUGGAAGAAGAAGCUCAACGUCGUUUGGUUGAGAAGAAAAAGCGUGAGUUGGAAGCGUUGAAAUUGAGAGAAGUUAAAAACUUUAUCGAAGAAGUUAACAAGAAUGGCCAAGUUUACAUCGAUCCAAAAGAAGCCAAGAACAUGGAGAUUAAGGACGCUAGAAAGAUCAUUGUUGAACAACUAUCUAAGGAUCAAGCUGAAUUAGACGAAAGAAUGAGUUAUGCUUUGAAGAAACUAGAUCACACCGAGAGAGCCUUGAGAAAAGUCGAACUUCCAUUGUUGAAGAAAGAAUCUGAAGCUCUGACAGGCGCCGACAUGGAUAAGUACGAAGCCAUGAAGGGAAAGAUUUUGAAGACCGCAAGAGAUGAGCAUGAAGCUAGACUUGCCGAUCACGAUCGUUUGGUAAAGGCAUUUGAUGACUACAAGCAACUGAGAAACCGUCUAAGAAGCCAAUACGAAGAUAAAUUCGGUAAAGAGCGCGCCGAGAAGCAAGCACAGUUCGAAGCCGCUAAGAAGGCUAGAAUUGAAGAAAUUCGUCAAAAGCGUUACGAAGAGCUUGUUGCUAAACGUAAGGAAGAGUUGGCCCUACAAGAGAGACAAGAAAGUAUCAGAAAGCAAGCUGAGUUGGCCAAGAAACAGGACGAAAUCAGCCGUAAGCAAAGAGAACUGGAGGAAGCUGCCGCCAGAAAGAAUGCAAGUGCUCCUCGUGCUGAUCCAUUCGGUAGAGCACAAAAGACCAAGGAAGAUAUGGAUAGAAUCGCGGCAAGGCAGAGAGAAAUGGAAGAGGCUGCUGCGAAGAGACAAGCAGGUGCUCCAAGAACCGAUCCAUUUGGUAGAGCUCAGAAAUCUAAGGAAGAUUUGGACAGAAUCGCCGCUAGACAAAGAGAGAUGGAAGAGGCUGCUGCUAACAAGCAAGCCGGUAGUUCCACCGCUAAACCGGCUUCUACUGAAGGUAGACCAAUGACUUUCGCUGAAAAGAUGAGGGCCAAGAGAGCAGCCAAGACUAAUGGUAAUUAG